GCUGGCUCCAGAAUGGUGCUGGCUCCAGAGCAGCGCUGGCUGCAGGUAGGAGCUGCAGUUCAGCUCACGGUUCUUUCUGGAGCAGUGCAAAAUAUGAGCACGACAGAGAAGCUGCAGCACAAGGCAGGGCACGGCCCCGUUGCCUUCCACAGGCCCUGGCUGCAGCACUGUGCUCUCCUUGUGCCCAUCCCACAGCCCCUGUAGGGCUCAGGGCUGCAGGUCCCACAGCGCUGCAGCACUGCAGCCUGCGGGGCGGUCGCUGUGGCAGUGCUGGGUGAUGCUGUUUAUCUCAGGACAGGUCCAGGGACUGGAACACGUGCCCUGCAAUGGGUCACCUACAUUUAUCCGACUGUUCUUCGCAUCACCUUCUGAAUUUACAGCAGUUUCAUAGAAGAGAGGAAUUCUCACAACGAGGUGGAGCGGCCGACGUCAUGGCGUGCUCCAUUUGCAGUGGAUUUCCUGGGGAGCUUUGCAAGAGUUUCAACCGAGAGCAAAAUAAUGUCAGAGCUGCAAGGCUCCCCGAGGGGAUGAGGAGCACUGCAAUCCAUGGGAGCACAGAACACGGAGUGCUCAGGCUGGGGAGGGCAUGGAUGGGGGAAGGCGUUCCCUGCAGCUGGGGGGGAGGAGGAGGAGGAGAAGGAGGAGGAGGAGGAGGAGGAGGAGGAGGAGGAGGAGGAGAAAGAGGACAGAGUCUCAGCACAGGGGGUCACUGCAGCAAUCCACAGCCAGGGCAGAGCUUUGGGGGGGUUGUUAAGGGAGAUGGGGGUGGGGAUGCAGUGCUGCAGUGCGGGAGGUGGUCCGUGGGCAUGGAGGAGGGGCAGGGAUGGGACAAAGGUCCCCAGGAAUGGGGGAAUUCACGCACCUACGGGGCCGGGGGAUCAGCACCAGGACGCAGUGAUGUGGGAUACGGGAAGGCAGGGGGGAGGUGGGUGCGGGACAGCAGGGUUUGCAGGUGGGAGCCGUGGGUGCUUUUCACUGAUCGCUCCGGGAGACCCAAAAAGGGGGGAGAUGGACACCCCAGCGCCCCCAGCACCAGCAGGUGUGGGGGAGUUGGCCGUGUCUCACACCGCUCCCAGCAAAGGGCCCAAAUCCUGCAGGUGGGCUACUGAGACACCGUGCCCGGGCACCAGCGGAAGAUCAGGACCUCCCCCCCCCCGCCCAGCAUUGCUGCAGAGUGUUCCAGAACUGGAGCAGUGCACGCCUUGCUCCAGAUGGCCCUCGGAUGCAGCUGACCCAGCACAGGACCCCGGGUCCCAGCUGAGCAGCACAGUGAGGACCACCGCUCUGCAGGGAGCGGCCGCAGCGCCGACGUGGGGCCGAACCCAUCAGAGCGAAAGCACGGCAAGAUCCAGAGGCUUCCUUCCUUUUUGUGAUGGCAACCACGGGUCUGGUGCCCGCCAGAAGUGGCCGGCACCGCUGCCGUGCCCCACCACCGGCAGUGCCGCCCCGCGGCCCGACAACGCUCAGAGCACUUCCAGGUGAAAAGCACCGGGGAAACACACGUCGCUGUUAAUUGCUCGGGAGAAAACAUUUGGAAAGGAAAACCCACGACAGAACGCAGCGGCUUCACGAGAGCGGACAGAGGAGGGGCGGCCGACGCGGGAGCCGAGCACGGAGCAGCGGGCAGCACACGCAGCCCCGGGGGAGGACGGCCGCGCCGCUCCCCAUCCGAGCAGGACAGACGCCUCCGGAACGCCCCGACGCCCACCCGGGUGCCACGCAGCCUCUUACCGUGCC